UAUCUUGCCACGAUGAACAUCUUGAUCAUGUUUACGAAUCAGAGAUGAAAAUCGAAAGGAAUGAGAAGGGCAGGUUGGAUGUAAGAAGUAGAGUGGAUGAGUUAGAGGAUAACAAAAUAAAAAGAAAAGAGGCAAAAGUGAAAAAUGAUGUUGAGGAAGUAGUAAUGAAUCGAGUGGGGAAUGAUUAUGCAAAUGAUAAAGUGAAGACAAAGAUUGUAGUAUGCAUGAAAUAUGAGAAGGUAGAAAGUGUAGAGGCAAAGAUGGUUAAUGUAGUGAAUAUUGAUCAAGAUGAAGAAGGUAAAGCAGAUAUGAGUGAAUUGAAAGUGGAGAACUUACCUGAAAGUCUUGAUGAGGAAGAAAAUAGAAAUGAUGGAGUUCAAGCAUUAGAAUAUUGUCAAAAAUCUGCUGAUGAAGAAAAUGUUAGUAGUAGAAGACAUUCUGAUGAUAAGGAAGAUAAAAUUAUAAGGGACGAAAAUAAAGCACUUAUCUGUUACCAAAAUGCUGAUAUUACCAAUAAGGAUGAAAAUAAAAUACUUGAGGAAGAUUCGAAGCGUGUUGAAGGUGAAGAAUCAUUUAGGGAACCUAAAUUAGAAGAUAAUUAUAGAUUAGUAUUUGACCAGGAAAAAAUAAUAGAAAGUGGUAAUCCAAUAUUCAACGUAACUUUUGAAAUAAUCAACAUUGGAACCAUACUGAAGGGAUCUAAUAGUGAAAAUGCCGUUGUUGGACUUAAUGAAGAUGUGGGAGAGAUUG